AUGAAGUAUUUUACUGGUGACGAAUCAGGACUAAUCAAAGCAAUUACUUUUCCGAAGACUUCCCCCCAAGCUGAAGUAAAACCCGUCGUUACAAUCUGGGGAGAAGUUGAUCCUGCCCUAAGUAUUCAAAUGAUGUGUCACGCAAAAAUUUUAGGGGGACAGAAAAAGCUCGUAGUUGCACGUAGAGGUGGUUCAAUACAAAUCAUUGACCCGUAUGAAGAAGGCAAAGUAUGUAAAGAAUUCAACGAAGACCAUGUCGCUAGAGAUAAAAAGAAAUCUAUUACUAAAGCUACGAAAUUUGUUGGCUUAUACGCACAUGACAAGUAG